AAAAUUAUGUCAAAUUCAUCAGUACAAAAUAUUUCUAUUUCUUCUUCUACUAUCGCUACUACAACUAUUGCUACAACUGAUAAAAUCGUUACUUUGCAACAGCCGCAACAACAUCAACAGCAACUGUCAACCAUAUCAAUAAUGUUGGAUUAUGAUAUUGACAACACUCUCAAUACGAUCAAAGAAAACGGUGCUCAUUUACUGCAGCAAAACGAAAAUACUUUAACUACAUCUCCGCCUACUCCUACGCCACCUGCUGCAACAUAUUCAAAUUUAAAUUGUGAUACUGCCACCAUGUCGUCUGAGACUACAACUGAAAUUGUACUCAACGGCUCGUCGGCAGCAAUGAACGAUGUUGAUGUCAAGAAGUCUGUUAUAAGAAAUUCAAAUACUAGUCUACAAAUGCAACCUCUAACGGUGAAAUGUGAUGAUAUUAAAGCCAUAUUACCUCUAACACCUCCAGCCACACCUGUCAUACAAAACACUGCCCGCAAACGUUGGAAGAUUUUAGCCAAAGUCUUGCGCAAAGACUCCGAAGAAACUGUUUCGUCAUCGGGUGAAGAGUGUAUUAAUGAACAGACCGCCUCUGUGAGGCGUUUCAAGUCAUUCGAUCUAUUGAGACAGGAUAGUUUUGAAGAUCAUGGUACUCUGAAUUAUUUGGGUAAACCCGAGAAUUGGUACAAAUACAAAGUGAUAUUGGAUGGUCAGACCCAACAGGAGUUUACAGUGAAUAUACAUCAUAUGGAGAGACAUUUAACCGCUACAGAUUUAAUGGGUUUCAAUAAUACCGGUAAUAUAUGUGUGUGGCCCUCAGAAGAGGCUCUUACUGCUUUUGUAUUGUCCGAUUUAGCGGCCUAUAAUAAUAAAUGGAUUUUAGAAUUGGGCGGUGGUUUCACCUGUCUGUCGGGUUUGAUGUUAUCAAAAUAUGCCAAACCCUUUGCCGUGCACUUGACCGAUGGCAAUGAAGUAUCGGUGGAAAAUGUUAAAAAGACGGUAUGUCUUAAUGAAAUCUCCUGCUAUACGAAAUGUUCCGUUUUAAAAUGGGAAGAUAAGGCUGCUCGAGUACCCUCAGAAGCGGGUAAAUUUGAUAUAAUACUAUCGGCCGAUUGUCUGUUCUUCGAUGAAGCUCGUUCUGCUCUGGUGGAUACUGUUUGGUAUUAUCUCUCCCCUCAGGGAGAAGCUUUAAUUAUGGCUCCACGACGUGGUAAAACCAUGUCUUUGUUUAUCGAAGAAUCAAUGGCUCGAGGCUUUAUGGUGAAAUUAACACAACGUUAUAAUGAAACCAUUUGGAAACGUCAUUUGGAAUUGAUGAACUCAUCAUUGUACGAUGAGGAUUUACAUUAUCCUGUAUUAUUAAGUUUACGUAAAUCUCAUAAGCAACACCCACACGCACAAGAAAUUCAAACAACCUCCGGCUCAUUACCCAUGGAUGUAUGUAAAGAAGAAGAAUCCUAGGUGUUGGAUGGUAUUAGUAAUAUGUGAUGCUACUCCUGCUGCUACGGUUGAUUACAUCAAGUAUAUAUAUAUUUUUUGUUUAUUUUUUUUUUUAAAUUAAUAUUUUCAAAACCUCAACAAAAACAACAACUUUUACUUCAACAAUUCCAUUUUUAAUUCCACAUUAAGAUGAUGUCGUCAUACGCUCCUACAUACGUAUCCCUUAAAUAUUACAUACCUAUCCUAAAUAUUUAAAUUUACUUUAUUAUAAUACUUAUAAUAGAAAGAAAAAACAUAAAACAAAAUUUUAAUAUUUAAUUUACAUACAUACAUAUACGGUUGAAGGACAGAUACCAACACUACUAACACUUAUGUAAAACAAAUUUACAUUAUAAAAUUAAAUUAUAAAUUUAAUGGGCUUAUGAAUUUUUCAACACAAACACACAAACACACACACACACUUCAUUCAAAAUAUGAAGAAUGAUAAAUGUGAGAAGUUUUGUUUUUUUUAGUUAAACGUUAAUUAAGUGUGAAAUAUCUCAUGAGAGUUAUUAAAAUGAUUUAAGUUUAACACUUAUUAACAUUUCUUGAAUGUCAUUUUAAAAAUUUUUUAAAAUACAUAAAUUUUAGAAAUUUAAUUUAAAUUUAAAGUCGUAUAAUAAGGAAUAAUAAUUUUCAGAAUCGGUUAAGCGAUGUUUAUCCUUUUAUGUAAACUUUGUAAUCAAACUACAGGGGGAAGAAAAACAUUUCGAAUUUGUAUGUUGAAUAAAUUGUGUUCCGAAAAAUUUUUUUUUUUGAAUCGAAAUACGGAGUAAUUCCCCAGGUCUAAACGUUGAUGAUAAUCUACGUUUCUUAUUCUUGAAAAUGGCUAAAAUCGAUUCCCUGAUCCCAUACAAACAUAACUCUCAAAUAGAGCUUUGAAGCUCAUAAUUAUGUUAAAUGUUGUAGAUUUACAAUUUCAAUUGUCGGAGUAUAAUUGAUAAAAUUUAGCGGAAACUAUUUUAACCCAUACCUCCUUCUCCAAAAUCUUUUCAAUUUUCUUAAUGUAUGAUUCAAAAAUGAUUCCAAAAGUGCCAGCAAUUCGACGCAAAAAUAAUCAUAAUCAAAGGGCUCAUAAAACACUCAAAAGAGUUGCGCAUAGGAUUCUAUUUUCCCGGAAACGAUUAUAUUUUCUCCCAACAAAAGUAAAACUUAUUAAAAAACUGAACGCAUAAAUGAUUAUUUAAAUCGUGCGGUAACUAUCUCAGUGAAAAAAGAACUUCCAAAGAAGCGAAAAAGUAGUAGAGUUUACUCCAUGGAAGUACUGAAAAAGACCUGAAGAAGUUAACAUAGGAGGGAUGUCCUUUUUAUUUGAAUCCAAAUUCACUACAACUGAAGUGAUUCUCAGGAAGUAAUUUUUAUGUUCUUUUUUUAGAAGUUAUUAGGAAGUGAAAUUGUAGUAUUAAUUUAACUAAUUUAACUCAAAUAAUAUUAACAUAAAUCACUUCAUCAAUUCAAAUCAAUCAAUUAACUUUAAAAUAAAAUUGGUUUAAUUCAGAAUAAAUCAAACAAAAAAUUGGAUUCUUUAAGCUUCUUUGGACGCCACUUCCACAGAAGUUAAAAAAAUUCACUUAGUGCUACUUUUGAAGUGGUUUUAUCACCACUUAUUUUGGAAGUACUUCGUUUUAUUUUUGCUGCGAUCACUUGAACAGAUCAUACAAUCUGUUGUACCACCAAUUAUAGUGUGUGCUGUAAGUUUGCCUAUAGAAUAAUAUUCUGCAAGUGGACAUCAGCGAUCUUCCUGAGUUCAAUUUCUUAUGUUGACCAUACAGUGAGCAUGUUCAAUGCCGAUGACAUUUAACUCUUUCAGGCUACAUUUUUAUACAAAUACAAUGCAAAUUUGGUGGCAAUUUUACUGAAAGAGAAUUCAAACAUAAUUAGAGUUAAGAGAUUGGUCGACGUUACGAUAUUUAGUUCUCGAAAUGAGAUGUAGACUAAAUUUAUGGUAAAAAAUUCUACAUAUUAUGCUGCAGUAACAGUUCAGUCAGUUUCUAGAACUUAAAUUUAACCUAAAACUGAGGUUGCAUCAAACCAAAAACUCUUCUCUUGUUGGUAUUUCGUUUCGAAAUGUCUCACAAAGUGUCGUAAGCGUACUUCAUCAUAUGAACUACUUUUGUAACAGUAAUUAUCACUUGAAUAGAUCGUACGAUCUGUUUUGUUGUAUCUGCAAUCAUAGCGUGUCCUGUAAGUUUGCCUAUAAAAAUCAUCAACAGAUUCCUAUUAAGAGUGAACAGUGCUAAGAAUGUUCUGCAAGUGGACCAUAGCGAACCUCCUGAGUUUAAUAUCUUAUGUUGGUCAUUCGUUGACCAUGUUCGAUGCCGAGGACAAUAAACUCUUUUGCGCAACAUUUCAUCUGUAACAAUCUGUAACUGUAACUGAAAAGAUCGUACGACCUGUUUUACCUCCAAUCAUAGCGUGUCCUGCAAGUUUGUCUAUAAAAAGCAUCAACAUAUUCCUACUAAGAGUUGACACUGCUAAAAACAUUCUGCAACCGGACCUUAACGAUCCUUCUAAGUUCAAUUUCUUAUGUUGGCCAUUCGGUUGCCAUGGGACUGAUUCAUGUAGCGUGAUUAUAUAACAGUUUACUCAAUUACUGGAACUAAGGCAUUGGGUUGCUUCAAACCAAAGAUUAUGUACAUUGUACUCCGGUUGCAGUGUUUUCAGCUACUGCAAUUUUAGUUUGACUUAAGACUAUGGUAGCUUCAAACCAAUGUUUUCUCUUGUUUAUAUUGUGAUCCGAAAGUCUUCUCGUGUUUUUAUUUUAUUGAUAAUGAACCUGAUCAACAUAACGAGAUUAACACUCGUAUUCUUUUUACAGGCAUUAGUAAAUCUGUUAUAGACUAUUUUUUUUGUAGAAAAUUCUCGAUCUUGUAACAGUUUCUGGAACUUAAGUUUAACUUAAGUCUUUGGAUUGCAUCAAAUCAAAGUUUUCUCUUGUUGGUAUUUUGAUUCGAAAUGUCGUACAAAGUGUCGUAUAUGCAGUAUAUAAUUCGUCUACUGCUUCCAAUUGGCCUUUUGUUAAUUGUGAAUUGAUAAAUGCAAUCACAUAUCUUAAAAAUGUUUAACACUAUGCGCCAAGCCCAAGGCAAUAAUCACCCCUAUUAUCUAAGUCGUUGUCGACACUAAGUCGUCAUCGAUACCAAUUUUAAAACGUCGUAAAAUUUGCUGUCGUCAGGAAAUGAGUUGUGUCGACUCAAUCUUGGUUUUAACUUGUACAAAAACAGAUUUCUUGAUUUAAAAUAAUAAAAAAAUAUCAGAAAUUACUAAAAAACCGCUAUUUUUCUGUCGACGUUGACUUGGUAGCGACAAGAACAUAAUAGGGGAAAUAUUUUAAAACACUCAACUGCUUAAGCUAAUUUAGCAGAAUUUAGAUGGCAUUUAUAAAGUCUAGCUUUUAUGCAGUAACAUAUACAAAAUGGGUCACUUUUCCCCAGAUACAUAGGUCAAAAUAGGUCGUAGACUGUUUAGGUUUAUGAGUCAUAAACUUAGAGGAAAUAAUUGCUUUUACAAGAAAUCGAUUAUUAAGACUCUGAUUUAGCAGAAUUUAGAUAGAAUUUAUGAAGUGUAGCUUUUUCUGCAGUAUCAUACCAGAGAUAUAGUUCAAACUAGGUUUCAGACUGUUAAGGUUUAAGAGUCUUAAACUCUAAGGAAAUAACUGCUUUUACAAAAAAUCGGUUAUUAUGAAUUUGAGGGCCUUAGCCAAUAAAAGUAAAAUUGGUUGUGUUGAAUAAAGUUAUCACUGUAUAACCCUUUUCGGUGAUCAGCCUUUCACUAACUUUUUCAAAUUUUUUAAUAUAAUAUUUUCGAAAUUUUUAGGUUCCAAGGAGUAUGAGCUCUAAUAUUUCGAUUUCCAUUCAUAGCUUAAGGAUUUUUCUUAAAAUGUCCAAUAUUUCUUUUCUUUGAACAUGUUUGGUAGUAACAGUUCUAAUAU